AUGGUGAAGUGGGCACAAGGGGGCUACAUGGACAGUCUGAGCAAGUUGUCAAGGAUCUGGCAACGUGUGAGACUGCCAACUUUGUCAGGCUUUCAUUGGAGGGCAGACUCACGUUCCGGAUUUCUAACCUCGCACAUCUCCGAGUUUUCUGUCACUGACUUACUCAGGCCACUUCCAAAGGCUCCAGCUGCCAGUGUUUGUAGUUGGUUGGAUGACAGCGAGCCCAUCCCUCCCGUCUGGCUCCUGUUGCUGCCAAGCUCUGUGGGCUGGGAAGCAGCUGGGAAUGUAAACACUGCCCUCGUUAUUAACUUUCUCACUCUGUUUACCCUGUGGGCCAGAGAUGGCUUCAAUCUGGGAAAGGACUUUGAGUCUGGUGCAGUGAGGAAGGAGCAGCGGUGUGAACUGAACUGCCGACCUUCGGGAUAUCGCUUCUACGUACGUCACGCAGACCGGGUGCAGGAUGGCACUCCCUGUGAGGCUAACUCCACGGACGUGUGUGUUGGUGGUCACUGCCUGACGGCAGGCUGCGAUGGGAUCCUGGGCUCGGGGACGAGGCCUGACCGUUGUGGAGUGUGUGGAGGGGACGGUUCCUCCUGCGAGCUGGUGUUUGGGCUCUUCGAGGAUUCCCAGGUCAAUGUUGGCUACCACCAGAUCAUUGCCGUUCCGGCUGGAGCCACACAGAUCAACGUGACCGAGGCAGCUCGCAGUCGUAACUACCUUGCCCUGAGGAGUCACUCAGGCCAGUCGAUCAUCAAUGGGAACUGGGCAAUCGAUCGGCCAGGCCAGUACGAGGGAGGCGGAACAAUAUUCACAUACACCAGGCCCUCGGAGGGCAUGGGUGAGAGUAUCUACGCUGCUGGCCCUACCACCGAACCCAUCGAGGUUUAUAUGAUUUUCCAGCAGGAUAAUCCCGGAAUUCACUAUCAAUUUGUUCUCCCUGGGGCGAAGCCUGCUCCUCCCCAGCCAAACCCUGACCCUCCCAGCCAGACUCACAGAUCCCAGGGUACCGGAGACCUGAGGGAUGUGUCAGCAUUGGCAAGUCACCCAGCUGUUAGUCACCGCGGUUCGCACCGUGCCAUCCCCACCCCACCCAGGGUCCGCAGCGGCCAACGCGACCGCCGCCUACAGGUCUACCAAACCGACGCACAGGAGGAUCCCGCACUGGCUCCACCAGUGUACCGCUGGACGUCCCAGAGCCUGACCGAGUGUUCUGUCUCCUGUGGGAAAGGGUUCCAGUACCCCAUCUUCCGCUGCCUGUCCCAGGACACCCAGGAGUUAGUGUCGGAAGCUCUUUGUGACCCAGCAUCCAAACCAGCAAUCGUGGCUCAGUCCUGUAACACCCAGCCCUGUCCUGCUUUUUGGAGUGUUGGGGCCUGGUCUCAGUGCAGUAAGAGCUGUGGACGGGGAAUUUACCAUCGACAGGUUCUGUGUCGACAGGCGUAUGCCAACCGCACGGUGGCAGUUCACCCACGUCACUGUGCCCACCUGGAGAAACCAAACACCACCCAACCGUGUGAGACCCGACCAUGUACCCACUGGCAGAUCCAAACAGACUGGGAAUCGUGUUCUGUGCCGUGCGGAGUGGGACAGAGGAAGAGAAGCAUCCGCUGUGUCAGCAACCAGGGCAACGUGGUCGGCGAGGGAGAAUGCAGCGCCAAACAGAAACCCACCGACAGUGAGGCCUGUGACAUGGGCCCCUGCGUGACCAGCUGGUUCUACACAGACUGGAGCAGCAAGUGCUCAGUGGACUGCGGUCUCGGGAUACAGAAGAGGUCUGUUGUCUGUUUGAACAACGACAUUGGGGAGCACUCAGCGGGGAGCUGCGAGGGUCCAAGACCCCCUGACAGCAGGGCGUGUACCCGGCCACACUGCCCCCGGCAGGUCCAGUGGUACGCCAGUCCCUGGAAGCAGUGUCCUGUUCAGUGUGGGAACGCGACCCAGAAUCGAGACCUCAUCUGCGUUGUCAAAGUGGGGAACAAUUUCACGGUGACAGCCCCGUCGGAGUGCGUGCACCUCGAGAAGCCUCCCUCUGUGCAGCCCUGCAAUGCAGGUCCCUGCGGCGCCCGAUGGUUCACCACCGACUGGAGCGAGUGCUCCAAGUCCUGCAUGGGAGGAGUCCAGGCGAGGGAGGUGCGGUGCCUGGAUGAUGGUGGCUUUCCCAGCAGCCUUUGCAACGAGGCCCAGAGGCCCAGUGACCAACGGAUCUGCCACAGUCACCCCUGCCUCCCGGAUCUCG